CACCUCCUCCUGUGAUUGGCUGAUGCGUUUAGUCGUGCGCUGCUGAAGGUGAAGCGUCAGUUCUGUGUCUCAGUCCAAAAUGUCAUCCAGUGGACUUUUAACAAUGCACGCUCAAAUCUGUAAACGUCUGGCUCACAAGUAUCUGUCAAGAACCUACACAUCUCAUCCUUCCCUCAAUGAAGUCGUCAUUGUCAGCGCAGUCCGCACUCCGAUGGGAUCCUUCAAAGGCAGCCUAGCUUCAGUUCCAGCCACCAAACUGGGCUCUGUUGCCAUCAAGGGGGCCAUUGACAAAGCAGGAAUUGCUCCGGAAGAAGUGAAGGAAGUCUACAUGGGCAAUGUGCUUCAGGCUGGCGAAGGACAGGCCCCCACACGACAGGCCUUGCUCGGAGCAGGACUGACCCUCAGCACACCAGCAACAACCAUCAACAAAGUCUGUGCGUCUGGGAUGAAGUCCAUCAUGAUGGCAGCUCAGAGUCUAAUGUGUGGACACCAGGAUGUGAUGGUGGCAGGAGGCAUGGAGAGCAUGUCCAAUGUACCUUAUGUGAUGGCAAGAGAGACCCCAUCCUACGGAGGAGUGAGGAUGGAAGACCUCAUUGUGAAGGACGGACUCACUGAUGUCUACAACAAAUUCCACAUGGGUAACUGUGCAGAAAACACAGCCAAGAACUGCAAAAUCAGCAGAGAGGAGCAGGACGCGUACGCCAUCAACUCAUAUAGCUGCAGCAAAGCAGCGCACGAGGCCGGUGUGCUGGCAAAGGAGAUAAUACCUGUUACUAUUCCCCAGAAAGGCAAACCUGAUGUGGUGGUGUCUGAGGAUGAGGAGUGGAGACGGGUCGACUUCAGCAAAGUCCCCAAACUGAGGGCUGUGUUCCAGAAAGAGAACGGUAACGAUGAGUUAUUCAUACAUAUCUGUACAUUCUCUGAUUUGUUUUACACAGCUUUUGCCGAUGCUGCAGUUGCACCCAUCGACUUCCCCAUUGCUCCUGCAUUUGCUGUACCAAAGGUGCUGGAUGCAGCGGGGCUGAAGAAGGAUGAUAUUGCCAUGUGGGAGAUCAAUGAGGCCUUCAGCGUGGUUGUGCUGGCGAACAUCAAGAUGCUGAACAUCGACCCAGCAAAAGUCAACAUUAACGGGGGAGCUGUGUCACUGGGACACCCCAUUGGGAUGUCUGGUGCAAGAAUUGUGGGUCACAUGGUGCACAACCUGAAGUCUGGUCAGUACGGGCUGGCGGGCAUCUGCAAUGGAGGCGGCGGAGCUUCUUCUAUUCUGAUCCAGAAGCUGUAAGAAGACCUGGCAAGAAGCUUCUGCUCCUUUAAGAGUGUUGAACUGUGCAGUGACUGUC